AGAACCAGGCGCUGCUGCGCUCCGUCCUUGCGCACCAUGGUUUCAGUGACGAGAACGGUGUUUGGAGAGCUGCCGUCGGGGGGCGGGCCCGUGGAGAAGUUCCAGUUGCAGUCAGAUCUGCUCAAGGUGGACAUCAUCUCCUGGGGCUGCACCAUCACAGCUCUGGAGGUCCCAGACAGGCAGGGAAAAGCCUCUGACGUGGUGCUGGGCUUCGCCGAGUUGGAAGGAUAUCUCCAGAAGCAACCCUACUUUGGAGCAGUGGUUGGGAGGGUGGCCAACCGAAUUGCUAAAGGAGCAUUCACCUUGGAUGGAAAGGAAUAUCACCUGACCAUUAACAGAGAGCCCAACAGUCUGCACGGAGGACUCAGAGGGUUUGACAAGGUCCUGUGGACUCCUCAGGUGCUGUCAAACGGGGUCCAGUUCUCACGCACCAGUCCAGAUGGUGAGGAAGGCUACCCUGGAGAGUUAAAAGUCUGGGUGACAUACACCCUGGAUGGUGGGGAGCUCGUGAUCAACUACAGAGCACAGACUAGUCACACCACACCAGUCAACCUAACCAACCAUUCUUAUUUCAACCUGGCAGGCCAGGGCUCUCCAAAUAUAUAUGACCAUGAAGUCUCCAUAGCAGCUGAUGCUUUUCUGCCUGUGGAUGAAACCCUGAUUCCUACAGGAAAUGUAGCGCCUGUGCAAGGAACUGCAUUCGACCUGAGAAAACCAGUGGAGCUUGGAAAACACCUGCAGAAAUUCAGCAUCAACGGUUUUGACCACAACUUCUGCCUCAAGGGAUCUAAGGAGAAGCAUUUUUGUGCAAGGGUGCAGCAUGCUGGAAGUGGCCGAGUACUUGAAGUAUAUACCACCCAGCCUGGCGUCCAGUUUUACACAGGCAACUUCCUGGAUGGCACACUGAAGGGCAAGAAUGGAGCUGUCUAUCCCAAGCACUCUGGUUUCUGCCUCGAGACCCAGAACUGGCCUGAUGCAGUCAACCAGCCUCACUUCCCUCCUGUGCUGCUGAGGCCUGGGGAAGAAUACAACCACACCACCUGGUUCAAGUUCUCUGUGGCUUAAAGAAGAGUGACUCCUUGGCAGCCUGCCUCCUAUGCAGAAGAUCUGGAGGUUUUGCAAGUGCUCCUGUGUACUAAAUCAUACAAAUGGUAGUUUGACAUGA